UGUGUAGACAGUAUUUAAGCUGGGAAAAAGAAGUUGUUUGCUGCCAGUUUGCCUCUUGUCUUAUCAGAAGGGUUCACACUGUGUGCUUUGUGCAGAAAUCAUUCAAGUCAUUCUGUUUUGUUUGAGACAAGGGCAAAACAAAGACACCACUUGGACACUUUAUUAAACAUCAUUAAUUUUAAGCUUUUUCUUUUUGGGCAAUAGUUCUAAAGUGUUAGACUUGGGAGAGUUGUACAACUCCAAGCUUUUGCACCUACUAUGAAUACCAGCAUCUUGUCUGUGUUAAUUCUAGUUAUUUUGGUGGGAGUUAACUGCGGAUUUCGGCCACGAGGCUCAUUUCACAGUGAUGAUGGAGGCUGGGAUCCAGAUAACUGGAUGAAAUGGAUCCGCAACUCUGAGCGCCGUGAUCAUGAACGAGGAAACAGAGGGAACAGAGGGGAACAGCCAGGAGAGUUGGAUGAGGAUGAACUUGCACCAGAACUUUUUAUACCCACAAUAGAACCGCUGCCUUCUACUUCAGAACCAGAUGUGAACUUCAACAUUAAAGUUGGUGGACUUAACCUGGGAUGGGAUGGUAUUUUUUCACAAUCUGAAGGGAAAUGGCCAAAAUUCUUUAGAAGAAUAUUUAGUGGUCCACCAAAACCCUGGUGGAAAGGACCUAAUGUGUGUGUGACCAGAGAAGAGAGGAAUGAGACUGUUCCAGGUAUUGUGACUCACCACAGAGUGUUUGCCAACUCCUACUGUGACGAAACAGAAACAUCAUACAAGUGCACUACAGACAUCACAGUCUAUGGUAUCAAGAGGUCAUUUGUUGUUACCUAUGAAUGUUGCCAUGGUUUCGAAAAACCAGCAGGGGCAUCUGGAUGCACUAAGAAAUUAGUAUUGAAGAACUUGGUGGAGACUGCCAGAGAUCUGGACUCAGAUGAGUUCUUAAGGGCUGUGGACAGUGUUGGUCUAACAGAUACCUUGAAAGUUGAAAAUCUAACAUUGUUUGUACCAACCAAUGAGGCUAUCAAGGCAUACCUGGAGAAAGACUCACAGAAGCUUCUCCCUGGUGUUAUAUUAGUGGACGGGACCCUUGCAGAGAUGGCCAGUGACCUGCGGGCAGUACUUGAGGGCCAUGUGGUGCCUGGCUUCCUGAAAUCAAGCAACUUCACUGAUGAGAACCUUAUCAGUACAGUGCUGCCACCUGUCAAGUUAAGGACCAACCUUUAUGAUGUGCCACGCAGG